CAGGUUCACACAAAAGCAGCAGUGUCAUCCAUUCUUAGAUCUUCACAAUGGCCUUCGACAUCAGUCACACACGGGUGAGAGGAGAGGAGGCUGCAGGCCAAGCAACGCAUGAGCAAAGCAUGAAGCGACGCACGUGAAUUGGCAUGUGCUGUGUGUCUGCGCUGUCUGUGUUGUCCUGCGGUCGGUGUGGUGCAGAUGGUUGCGAUGCGUGUGCGUGAGCAGCUCUUGCCGCAGCCUGAGUUCACGCCUUUGAUCAUCGCAUGCUUUCAGAUGAACCAGACUCAGGUACUCAGCCAUCGCUGCAGCGCAUUGACUCGCUCAUCGGCCGCUUGGUUGCCCUCUUUGUUGGUUGUGUGUGUGGCGUGUGUCAGGUCAACGCUGCCAUCGCACGACUCUCACAGACGGACGCCAGCGCGAUGCCAACACAGGUAUGCUAUGCGCACGCUGCAAAGCACUACGACCUGCCUCUGAGUCUUGUGCCUUCGUUGGUGUUGCUGUUGUCCUGUUUGUUCAUUCGUCAGAAGGUGGCCACGGUGAACCGGAAGCUCGCUGCUGUGUCCGACCUGCUGGCCGACCUGGCAGAGACCAUAGACUCGACCAUCGCACAGACAACACACGAGGGUGAGCCCACUUAUGCCUUAGGGAAAAUGGCACACAAACACACAAACACGGCCUUGUGUGUGUCCGUGCCGUUGUCAGGUGGUGGCUCUGGCGAUUCUGCCGCACAUAGCGACGAUUGCCACGUGCAGGUGUGUGACUGACCACAGGCAGGCACAAGCAAGACACGCACCGAGCCGCCACAUGCAUUGCGUGUGCAUGGCAUUGCUGUGUGGCAUCAGGCCACACCGAAGGACCUGUCGGACCUUCCCGCUGAGCCCAUCAUCGCUCUGUCUGACGUCAGCACCAUCGGCCGAUUCAAAUCGACAGCCCGCCACUUCACCAACGCCGUGCGGCCGCUCGUCCGCCGCAUUCGGCUGCCGAAAGCCAUCGAGCGGGCGGGGGUUAGUGGUGUGGUGCAGUUCGACGAUCAGCUGAGCGACGGCGAUGUGAUGAAGGCCAUGUGGGUGGUGGAGGAGGGGGGCGAGGGCGGCUGGGGGGAGGUGGCUGACACACUCAGAUUCACUGAACCUUUCGGCUAUUGCCAGCUGCCGGUCACUGUGGGUGCUGGAGAACUGUAGACACACGCCACCAAGACGACAAGCACGACACACAGAAGAGGCAAUGGGCGAGCUGCUGGAUGUGUGUGUGUGUGUGUGUGUGUAUUUGGAUGCAGGAUUUCUUGGCGCUGCCCCGUUUCUGUGCGCAGUGGAUGCUCGUCGGUCGCUAUGUCGCCCUCCGUCGCCCCACUGGCCAGCAAGACGGUACUCUCCAGCUGUUCCGCAACAACAACGAAAUCCGCGCCAUCCGCAACGAGCCCGGCUUCACCAUCACACCCAACCCGCCCCUCCCCCAGCCCAGCCGCCCCGUCCAUCCCCUCUCGCAGCACCCCUUCACCCACCACGCCAAGCCACACGACCCGCCAGUCCGCAGCCGCAUUGUGUGGCAGCAUGGUGUGGGAUGGGCGACAGCUGGUGUCAACGACAGGGAAGUCUACGCAUCGGCGAGCUCCCUGUUGAAGGAGCUGCUCCUGUGUCAUCGGGAGUUUGCUGUGGGCGGCUUCACCUACUCGCCAACGGUGGUGGUGGACCGGUGAGUGGAUGGAAGACACGCAAUGAGAGGGCGAAUGGCUAUGUGGUGCGUUAAUAAUGUUGUGUGUCAGGAGUGUGCGAGGUGGCCACCUCGAGCGCAUCAUGACCCGAUCGCGACAUACGGCCCUCGACGGAUGCUCAGACGUGUUGACAAGCGAGGGGGCCAAUGGGGCCUGUGGGCAGUCGCAUGUGCUGACGACGUCGGCCGACCCGUUCAUCACAUUGAUGUACUUCGUCAUCCCCCCAGUCAACUACCAGGACGGUACGCCUACACAUUGACAACACAUUCAUGCUGUCGUGUCGUGUGAUCAUCCGCUCCUCUCUUGUCUGCAUGCAGUGCACGUCACCACCACUACCAGCGAGGCGCCAGCAGCAGGUGUCCCCCAGGAUGCCCCCUUCGCCCAUCGGUUCCCCCGAACGGCCGCCAAGGUGCGUCCCGUGCUCGGGCCGAUCGCAUCCAUCGUGCUCGAUGGCCAGCCGCGUUAGAUCACGAAGGUGAGAGCCACACGAUGGCAUGAUGAUGCGCGUGUGUGUUUAUGUUUGUCUGUGUUGAUGGAUUUGGCGCAGGCACAUCGGCAGACUGCAUGUGUGAAGAGGGGGCCUUCCUUGUAUGUGGCGUGCUGGCAGUGUCGUGUGCGUAUUUUGCUGACUGGAGGACAUGCGGAUUCAGCUGUGAAUGGUUCGUGCUGCCUGUGCCUUCCAUCUCUGUCACGG